AAUGGGUCCAAUCCAACUGGACGGCGACGGCCGCGAGCGAUCUCCUCUCCAGGGAGGAUGGACGAGGCACGCCGCAUUUUCGAUUUGCACCGUGGCGUCGGUGGAACUUCGUCAUCGGCGGCUACACGUGGUGCGGCCAGCCGGAUCUCGCGCUCCAGUUCUUUGCGCGGCUGCAUGCCGAGGGGUUGGAUGCAAACGGUCGGCGGCUCUCCAGGGGGUGAGAGAUUUACAGGGGAGGAUCAUCAAGCUCAGGAGCCUCAAGAGAGGCUUGGCUCUCCAUUCCCAGCUCCAGAGUGGUGGAUUUCUAUGGAAAGUGUGGCAGCGUGAGAGAAGCUCUAAAGAUUUUCCAGGCUGCCAACUUGGGAACAAAGGACGUGGUUUUGUGGAGUGCGAUGAUCAGCGCUUGCUCACAAGGAGGGGAAGACGAGCUAGCCUUGGAGCUCUUUGAGCUUAUGCUUCUGGAAGAUGGAGUGGAGGCGAAUGCUCGGACUCUAGCUUGCAAGAACAGGGACAGGGAUUUCGUCCAGCGUUUUCGUCUCCAACAGUCUGAUGGAAAUGUAUGCCAAGUGUGAGAGAUUGCUGGAUUGCCGGCGAGUUUUGGAUGGGAUGAUUGAGCAGGAUUCGGUCUCCUGGAAUGUUAUGAUCAUGGGAUAUGCAAAAGGUUGGGAGGCCGAGCGAGCUAUCGAGUUAUUCACGGCCAUGCAAGCACGAGACGUGGUUGUCAGUUCGAGAACUUUAUUCUCCAGGCGUGCUUGGAUAUGGCCGAGAAGGAAGAGGCUCGGCUUGUGGAUGGAAAGUCCUUGAGAGUGGCAUCGCUGGAAAAGGCAUUGGCUUUCUUGACGGGCUGGAAGAUGCUUACACUGCAAACAACUUGAUCAGUCUCUACUCUCUGUGUGGAAGUUUGAAUGAUGCGGCUCGGGUUUUUGACAAGAUGGUGAUCAAAGACGUCGUUCGUGGAACAUCAUGAUCGAAGCAUACACCGAGAGUGGCAACCAUGAGCUUGCCCUGCAGGAGUUUUUUAAGGAUGAUACUCCAAGGAUUGAAACCCGACUUGCAGACUUUUGCUGCGGUACUUAAGGCUUGUGGAGGUCUUGGAGAACUACAGGCUGGUCUGAUCGAAGAAGCUGGGGCAGAGAACUCUCCAGCGGUGGCAAACUCCCUCAUAAGUUUCUAUGGCAAGUGUGGUGACAUGGAGCAACCUCGCUGAGUGUUUGAUGGGUUUCCAGACAAGGACGCAGUGUCUUGGAGAGCACUGAUCGCAGGAUACAGCCAUCAGGGGGACAGUGACGCAGUGUUUGAUCUGUUUGAGAGAAUGCAAGAGUUCGCCAAGCCGGAUUCUGUGACAUUCUCUUCAGUUCUAUCGGUCUGCUGCCACGCUGGUUUGGUCGACAAGGGGCGGCUAGUGCCGGCUCCCAUAGCAAAAGUUAUAGAGUUCAGAAGAGGAAGCUCGGCCGCCACCUUGCAUUUAUCGCACAGAAAGUCAUCAGCAAGAGUUCCUGUGACACUGAGCUCCCACAAACCAAUGGUGAUCCUAAGCUCAUCAAAUAUGGUAUCAGGUUUGGCUGCCAAGCUCACAUUUUCUCUAUCAAGGACUAAAACUUGUGGGAUUUGUUUCAGGCGUCGUCGAGCUGUGGAAGCCAGCUCCAGAGCUGUAUCAAGCAGUGGAUGGUCAUUGCUUUCUGCACAACUCAUCUGGUCCCUUGCGGCAUCGAGAGCGGCCAAGAGAAGGUAACUCGGACUGGAGCUUUGCAAGGCUCCAAGGCACUUGCUAAUUCUCUCGUGCUUUACAAUAUCGCAGCCUCUCGCAAGAUGGAGCAUCCCAGACUGAGUAAGAGACGAGAGUACCUUAUGUGUGGAUUGGACAGCAUCGUCGGCUCCCUGCUCGAGUGCCGUUACAGGAAACCUCGAGUGGAACUUGCAGUGAGCUCCAUGAGCCUUGUCAACUUUGAUCAGGAUACCAUGCUGUGACACACCUUUGCAAUCUCGUCCACUGGGCUACACACGCCAAAGUAAGUUGGCAAGACAAUCAGAACAGCUCCAAUUCCUACGUCUUUUCUUUUCUGCAGAUCCAAGAUGGCCAACUCGAUGCUCUCGGCAGAGACACCGUGAGAAAUCUCCCAGAGCUCGUCAUAACAAGGAAGAACAUAGUGAGGCAUUACUCCAAGAACCAUGGCAGAGAAUGCCGAGACGUGGGAACCACGAGUACCCUGCUCCGAAAAGCUUGGCAGCCAUUUGCUGCGCUUCUUGUGGCGAGUGCAAGUUAUCUAGGCCUGGCAUCUCCGGGAGAUGAAACUGGAAGAGUUGAGCUCCGAGAAACUUGGAAAAUCGAAGGGGUGGCUUGGGAAGUGAAACUCAGCGGCACGCUCCUCGCCAGUUCUCUUGAGAGCUUCAAGCAAAGGAGCUGAGUUCAUCGGCAUAGCUGAUCUUCAAUUCAUAAUAUUUAUGCCCUUUCCUAUU